CUGAGGAGAAACGGACUCGUAACGCUUCGAGCUGAAUUUCAAGUAUUAUGUUGAAAAAACUAAGUAUUAUGAUAAAAGCUGAGAGAAAGUACAUGUUUUAGUAACUUCUCACGCUGGUGGACCUACCGGACUACCGUUACAUGUGUGUUUUAGUGGACAGAAGGCUGGAGGAUGACCGGCUCGGAGUGAUAGUCGGGCUGUGUGACCGUUGGGAUGAACUAAACGGCUCUGUCUCAUUCAGUUGGAUUGGAUUGUACUUCGGAUGCUGAGCGGAUUCCUAACGGUCCGUUUAUAGCCGUCUAACCGCGGACUGAUCCGCAGCGCUCAGAGGGUGAUGGAGUUUACCCGGACAGUGAAUGUUAUAACGGUUAUAUGCACUCUUAUCUACCUGGCACAUGGAUCUCGACCGAGGUUGGAGGACACACCCCCGCGGAUCGUAGAGCAUCCUUCAGACCUGAUCGUAUCGAAGGGUGAACCGGCCACUUUAAACUGCAAGGCCGAGGGCCGACCUUCCCCCAUGGUGGAGUGGUACAAGGACGGAGAGAGAGUGGAGACGGACCGCGAGGACCCGCGCUCGCACCGCAUGCUGCUGCCUACGGGUUCGCUUUUCUUCCUCAGGAUCGUGCACGGACGCCGAAGCAAGCCAGACGAAGGAGUCUACGUGUGCGUGGCCAGAAACUACAUGGGAGAGGCGGUCAGUCGGAACGCCUCUUUGGAGGUCGCAAUUUUGCGGGACGAUUUUCGGCAGACCCCUAGCGACGUGGUGGUAGCAGCGGGUGAGCCGGCUGUGAUGGAGUGCAUACCUCCUCGGGGUCACCCCGAGCCCACUAUUUCCUGGAAGAGGAACAACGUCAAAGUGAACGACAAAGAUGAACGGAUCACGAUCCGUGGAGGAAAGCUGAUGAUAUCGAACACGCGUAAAAGUGACGCUGGGAUGUACGUGUGUGUGGGAACCAACAUGGUGGGCGAGAAGGACAGCGAUCCUGCCGAGCUGGUGGUGUUCGAGCGACCCAUGUUUGUGCGCCGGCCGGUCAAUCAAGUGGUUCUGGCUGAGGACACAGUGGAUUUUCAGUGUGAGGUUCAGGGAGAUCCAGCUCCAACGAUCCGCUGGAGGAGAGACGAGGGGGAGCUGCCUCGUGGAAGGUUUGAGAUCCGGAGCGACAACAGUCUGAGACUGACGCAGGUCAGAGCCGAGGACGAAGGGACGUACACGUGCGUCUCCGAAAACAGCGUCGGCAAAGCAGAGGCGUCCGGAACACUGCAGGUCCACGUUCCUCCACAGAUUGUUGUUCGGCCCCGGGAUCAGAUCUCUGCUCUCGGGCGCACAGUCACCUUCCUGUGUGGCACUAAAGGAAACCCACCGCCUGCUGUAUUCUGGCAGAAAGAAGGAAGCCAGAUCCUGAUGUUCCCCAGCCAGCCUCCAGCACAAUCAGGCCGCUUCUCUGUGUCCCUGAGUGGUGAGCUGACCAUCAGCGAUGUCCACCGAGAGGAUUCUGGGUAUUAUAUCUGCCAGGCCAUCAGCGUAGCAGGAAGCGUCCUGACAAAAGCCCUACUAGAAGUGGAGGAUGCUCCAUCUGAUCGGGUCCCUCCAAUCAUCCGGCAAGGCCCGGCUAACCAGACGCUCUCCCCGGGUACCACCGCUCAACUGCAGUGCUACGUAAUGGGAAACCCCGUACCCAGCAUCCAGUGGGAGCGAGACAGUCAGAGAAUCCUGGGAAAUGAUAAGCGCAUGAGUUUGAUGGAGAAUGGCACCUUACAAAUCACAACCCUACAGGAAACUGACUCGGGGGUCUACACCUGUGUUGCCUCGAGCUCCAGCGGUGAGACCAGUUGGAGUGGAGUACUUACUGUGAAAGAAAGCGCAGACAUGACCAUGGCUCCUGCGUCUGAGCCCUACCAGCUACCCGGGCCACCUCACAAGCCAGUUGUGACGGAUGUGACACGCAACAGUGUGACACUGACCUGGCAACCCAAUGCUCAUGAGGGCGGUGCUGCUGUUACCUCUUACGUUAUUGAGGCCUUCAGCCAGUCGGCAGGCAAUACAUGGCAGACGGUGGCGGAUCUGGUAAGGCUUGAAAAGCACACAGUGAGCGGCCUCUUCCCCAACACCAUCUACCUUUUCAUAGUUCGAGCAGUCAAUGUGUAUGGCCUCAGUGACCCCAGCCCCAUCUCAGAGCCUGUGAGAACACAAGAUGUAAGUCCUACAGGGCAGGGUGUAGACCACAGGCAGGUACAACGAGAGCUGGGUGAAGUAGCUGUGGACCUACAGCAUCCUGUAUUACUGUCUGCAUCAAGUGUCCAGCUCACAUGGACUGUCGACCGCCAGUCCCAGUACAUCCAGGGCUAUCGCUUGCUGUAUAGGCCAUCAGGAGGCUCGUGGCUUCAGCAGGAUGUUAAGGCUGCCCCGGAGCGCAGGGCAGUUAUCAACGGUUUGCUGAAAGGCACGGAGUACGAGAUCAAAAUCCGGCCCUACUUCAAUGAGUUUCAGGGCAUGGACAGCCGUCCUCUGACCCUCCGAACUCCAGAGGAAGUCCCUAGCGCCCCGCCUCAGGCUGUCACAGUGUCGACUGUCACACAUGGCAACAGCUCCAGCAUCAGUGUUUCAUGGCAGCCUCCACCCACCGAGAUGCAGAACGGAGUUAUUCAGGGGUACAGGAUCUGGUGCCUGGGGAACGACUCUCAGACACGCUACCAUAUUAACCAAACGGUGGACGGAAACAUUCUGUCCACCAUGGUGAAGGGUUUGCUGCCUGGCGUGAUCUAUCAGGUGGAGGUGGCGGCGGUGACCAGCGCUGGAGUCGGCACACACAGCCAGCCAGUCCCUGUCAUGAUCAAGUUACUGUCGGAGCAGCCAGCGGUCCCGAGUGGAGGCGGCAACUCGGAUCAGAACGUGAGUCUUGCUGAGCAGAUCACAGACGUGGUGAAGCAGCCUGCCUUCAUCGCGGGUAUCGGUGGGGCAUGCUGGGUAAUCCUCAUGGGCUUUAGCGUGUGGAUCUACUGCAGACGCAAAAAGAGAAAGGAGCUAAGCCACUAUGCUACUUCAUUUGCAUACACACCUGCUGUGGGGUUUCCUCAUGGGGAGGGAUCAGGACUAAAUGGAAGGCCUGGCGUGUUGGGUUCUAAUAUAGGGAACUACCCCUGGCUGGCAGAUUCUUGGCCCACAACAAACCUUGUGCAUAAUGGCAAAGAGUCGGUCGACUGCUGUACCUCCAAACAUGAAAACCCUGAGAGAUACUACAACGAAGCUGGAAUUUCCAACUACCUGAACCAGACGGAGAAGUACAGCAACGGAUCCAACGAAGGACCCAUCUACAGCACCAUCGACCCCACCGCUGAAGAUCUACGCAGCUUCUCUGCCCAGUACUCCCAACAUACCACACCCUACGCUAGCACCCCCAUCAUGCCUUUUACUAAUCAGACUCCCUGCAGCCCUGAGCAGGAUGGUGGUCACUGGAUGAACCAACCUGGAACCUCCACUGCUCAGUACGCCCAGCCAGAUCGCUUGAAGGCAGAUAACGCCAAACAAUCGAAGCAGAAGUCGAUGGGAAAGCCAGUAAAAACUCCGUCUCUGAACUGGAUGGAGCCGCUGCCACCUCCACCCCCCUCUUCAGACUUAGAGCACUGUGAUGAUGAGGAUGAAAACAUAGAAGACAUGGCCACUGACGAGGAGGACUGGUGUCCACCACUCCCACAGAGGACCUACCUGAUGGACGGUGUGGCAGAGGAUGGAUCUUUUGCUCCACCGAGAGGCGAGGCCUCAUCUCCAACCACCUCUUACAGCCAUCAGUCCACAGCCACACUCACACCAUCACCGAAAGAGGAGGCACGCCACUGCAACGACAUACCACGCCUUCACCAGUCCGAACAGCACCACCCAGGACGCCGGUUGCCGUGCGGACCCGUGCCCAUCCCGCGGGCACCCAGCCCUCCUCUAACCCAGUCCGACCUAAACCUGUCGGCCAAUCAGGAUAGCUCGGAGGGUGGCACACCACAUCGUGCAGCACACAGAUGGGAUUCGAGCCAAGGAGCAUCGCAGACUGCAGAUAAUAUCAACACACCAGGCCGAGCAAGGAGCUCAACCGGGGAGCAAGUUCAGAGUCCUCCAGGCCAGAAGGCUAGAGUGAAGAAAAAAAGCUCAAAGAGUGGCCAAUACCGCAGAGACGUCCUGCAAGGAGAUCUGCCGCCUCCUCCAGAACCUCCUCCAGAAGACGAGCCGGUUGAGGUACCAGCAGGAGGCCUGGAGUGUGCACACGCAUCCCUCGAAAGAGACUCGGGCUCGCUUUCCUCCAUGGAGAGGACUCACACGCCCAGCCGCAAAAACUCGGCUCAGAGACGCAAAGACGACGAUGACAUGGUUCCCUACAACAAGCACAACAUCCUGUCUCGCGGUCAGAUGUCCAGCAACUGCUCCACGACAGGAAGCUCUUCGUCUCGAGGGUCGACAGGAUCCCGGGGUCAUGGAAACAGCCGGAGAAGGAACGAGGAGAUGAGAUAAGAGAACGCCAAUGAUGAGUGGAUGAAUGGAAAAAAGAAAACUCUGCGCCAUUAUUCUGAUUUUCUCUCCUAAAGGAACAGAUCAGCACAGACGAGGAUGAGUAAACAGAUUUAUCGCUGCCUCACCACACAGGAAUCAUGGACUUUUUCAUAUGUUGUUAUUUUUAUUGUUAUUUAUGACUUUCAUGGGGCCAUUUGAAAUCCCAUUGUCACUGUAAAUAGUCUUCUGCUUAAGUUUUUUACACGGGGUCCAGAUCCAGGGAAAGAUGAAAUAUAUUGUAUUUACAAGAAAAAAAGUAAGAGAAAACACGUCAAAAGGGUUCGAUAUAACACAAAAAAAGUCAGCGUCUGAAUGUGCCAACCUCUUUUGUAGAAAUGUAUAAAGAAACACAGAACUGAAUUUGCACUCUUCUUGUGUCGGAGAACAACAGACGGUACAAAGCACAAUAUGAGUCUGAGCAGCCAGCGCGGUAGGACGAGCGAGCCAGAGAUGCCAUUCGCUUUGAUUUAACCUCAGUCAACAGGUUCCUGUUUCAUCUCUGUUAAAAAAAAACCCAGGCCAAAUGGAAGUUUGUACCUGUCCUUUAGCUUUUUUUUUUUUGUUGUUUUUGAAAGACUGCUUUGGAAACGGUGUGAAAAUGUGUUUUGUUAAAAAUAGAAGGAAAAAAAAUCCAUUCUGUUCAGCUGACUAACUUUUGGUAGUCCUUGUUGUUUUGUAAAAAUCAAAUAAAAACACAUUUGAGGAA